UCCGAAAGUUGAAACUCGAAAGAGAGAAUUCUUCCAACAAACGGCCAUAUACGCAAAGUGCUUUCGCACCAUCGCAGAAAUUGUGAGAACCCAUAGAUGGUCUCUCGGGCUUGGCCGGAGCUCCAGCAGACCUCUUCUAUAGUGGUUCUCCCUCUCUCAGUUCUUCCUAUCUCCGGGUGACCACCAUGCACCGGUUGAAAAAAGCGUCCAGCUAUUUUAGGGUUUUGGGCUUUGGCUAUUGAGAUAUUUUAUCUUCUAGAAUCUCCUGUCCAUGUUGGUCGUCUUCCUCCCCAUGUGCAUCUUUGUCAAGCAUCAACUACUUAUGGGAAACUCCUUUCAAUUUUUCUGACCUGGAGUACACGUUUGGGAGAUGGACAGAAUUAGCUUCCCCGUUCUCUUGAGCAACAAAAAAGAGAGAGGAAAAGAGUAACUUAUAGCAACAGAACAGGAAUUGGGCUUUCGGCCGGUUCUUCGGAUAGGGUUCUCAGAGUUUGAUACAACUGUUGCCAUGAGCAGCAGAAACUCAACAUUAACGCAAUCCUGCAACUGUUAUAAAGUUGCAAGCUUGACUGAGACCAUCUUGGACACAAACCAAACCUCAACUUUGGAAGAUCGAUAUGUUUUGGGAGAACAAUUGGGAUGGGGCCAGUUUGGUGUCAUCAGGACAUGUUCAGAUAAGUUGACUGGAGAGGUAUUGGCAUGCAAGUCCAUUGCCAAGGAAAGAUUGGUCACACAGGAUGAUGUUCGCAGUGUCAAGCUUGAGAUUGAGAUAAUGACUCGGUUAUCUGGGCACCCAAAUGUUGUGGAUAUCAAGGCAGUUUAUGAGGAGGAAGAUUAUGUGCAUUUAGUUAUGGAGCUUUGUGCUGGUGGAGAGCUUUUUCACCGGUUAGAGAAGCAUGGGAGGUUUUCUGAGUCCGAGGCUCAAGCCCUUUUCAGUCAUUUGAUGCAAGUUGUGAUGUAUUGCCAUGACAAGGGCAUUGUUCAUAGAGAUCUAAAGCCAGAGAACAUUCUCUUGGCUACAAGGGCCUCCUCCUCCCCAAUUAAGUUGGCAGAUUUCGGUCUUGCUACCUACAUCGAACCAGGGCAGAGUCUGCAUGGUACUGUAGGAAGCCCAUUUUAUAUAGCUCCUGAGGUACUGACAGGGGGCUACAACCAGGCUGCUGAUGUGUGGAGUGCAGGGGUCAUCCUUUAUAUUCUUCUAAGUGGAAUGCCACCGUUUUGGGGGAAGACAAAAUCAAGGAUCUUUGAAGCUGUUAGGGCAGCUGAUCUACGGUUUCCAUCUGAACCUUGGGAUCGUAUAUCUGCAUCCGCCAAGGACUUGAUCUCCGGAAUGCUUUGUACAGAUCCUGCAAAAAGGCUGACUGCUGCACAGGUCCUAGAUCACUCUUGGAUAAAAGAUUGUUGGCAAGUGAAUGAAGAACCAAAUGAACAUGACAGUGUGCAAUUGGACCUGGGUAGCAGCUCUUUCUCUAUCCCAUUAAUUGCUAGGAAUAUGGAUUUCAGCUUUAGUUCCCCUAUUUCUGGCAACACCCAACCAGGAUAUUCUCCUGCAUUCACAUGUAGAUCAUCAUUCUCAUCUUUCUUGGUCGACCCCACCACCCCUUGCUUGGUAUCUGGUGGUUUUUCUUUCAGCAGCUGUUGUGAAUCAAGUAGUCUGGAAUUCUCUUCCCCAGUUCCCUCAAUGCCAAGCUUUGCAUUCUUUAGCCCAAGUCCCGUGACUGAGCAAAGGAGUAAUAACUCAUUGGAUUUCAUGGCAAAUGUUUCUGGAGUUCAGGCAGUCCAGAGUGAGACGAGUGUUGGAGAGCUCAUUCUUUUGUCAGAUUCUACUGUUUGCCUUGGGCAAGAGGGAGGACAAACAGCACAUAAUAAGGUAGUUGAUGUGCGAAGAGGUGGAGUGACACCCACAUCUAGAGUAUUUGGCAUCCAUAGCAAGAGAAAUCAUACGAUUGGACUUGGGGAGCUUGAACAGCUUGAUCUCAUGGUGACCGAGUCAGUCAUCCGCUGGGCAUCAUGCACGCAUCUCCCAACUGCUCCAUCUCUUAGGUCCUCCCUUGUAUGUUGAUGCUUGUAACAGUGGAUUGUAGAGAAUGAACAGCAGACUCGGGUCAGGACUUGGACAACAAAGUUGGUGUAUCCAGUUAAAAAAUUUGGCAUAUGUGACGUGUUUAACUGUCUACCAUAUAAUCGAGUCUGAAUGGGCUUUACCCAAAAAAAAAAGGCUGAAAUCUGGUGCUUGAGCCAGAUCUAGCUAGGCUUUGAGUGGGGUUGUGUGAUGAAUGGUGGUGCUUUUCUAAUCUGAGUAGCUGUUAGUUCUUACUGCUAGGUGCUAGCAUAGCCAAGUAGCAAGUUGGGCCAAUGGGGUUGUACCACGUGUGUAUUAAAUCCAUUUGAGCUUGAAAGCUCCAAGUUUUAGUGUUCAUGUCAUGUUUGAUAGAAAAUCUCUCUCUCUCUCAACCAUUGGAUGUCAAAUUGGAAUUGGUUUCUUGAACCCUGUAAUCCAAUUGAAGGCGUUCUGUAAGAUGUUUUGUAGUCUGUUUGCUGCUUA